UCGACGGGGGUCAAUUUUAGUGUUACACCGAGACGAACCCGGAUCCCUUUUAGUGCCGCACCAACUUCUUUUCCGGCCUCUUUGGACUCUAAUCGGAGGAAAGAUGACGAAGGGUACGUCAUCUUUUGGAAAGCGUCGCAACAAGACGCACACUCUGUGCCGCCGCUGUGGCUCAAAAGCCUACCACCUGCAGAAAUCUACAUGCGGCAAGUGUGGAUACCCUGCCAAGCGCAAGAGAAAGUACAACUGGAGCGCUAAGGCCAAGAGGCGCAACACCACUGGAACCGGCCGUAUGAGGCACAUGAAGGUCGUGUUCCGCAGAUUCAGGAAUGGAUUCCGUGAGGGAACUGUCCCCAAACCCAGACGGGCAGCAGUGGCUGCAUCCAGCUCCUCGUAAACUGUUUCUAAUAAACAAGUGAACUGA